UCGGUCUUAAUCCUCCGUUCGACUCUGCUAUCGCACUCCACAGGUUGCAAGAAAUGGCCUCCUCUUCCUUCUUGAUAGGGAACGGGAGCCUCCUCACCCAAUCCCUUGUCAAGCUCCGCAACCUCAACUCCUCCGACUCCACCGCCGCCGCCGUCUCCUCUUCCGCGGCUGUCUUCGCUGCCCUGCCACGCCGUCCGUUGCUCCUCGGCUCGUCGCUCGGCUCCCAGAGAUGGCGCAGGGCCAGCGGCAUUGCCAGGGCGGAGGAUAAGGCCAAGGGCUCCUCCUCCUCCUCCUCCUCUUCCCCGUGUUCCCCUCUUCUGCCAGGAAAAGACCGCGGAGAUUACAGGGAGUUGAUAGAUGGAUCUGGAAAUUGUGACCCAUUAUGUUCUGUUGAUGAAGUAAGCUCACAGGAUUUUGAAGCGAGUUACCAGCCAAAGACUGAUUUGCUGAAAGCUCUGACUAUUCUUGCAACUGCUUUAGCAGGGGCAGCUGCUAUCAAUCAUUCCUGGGUUGCUGCCAAUCAGGAUCUUGCUCUGGUGUUGGUAUUUGCAAUUGGUUAUGCAGGCAUUGUUUUUGAGGAAUCACUAGCAUUCAACAAAAGUGGAGUUGGGUUACUAAUGGCUGUCUGCUUAUGGGUCAUUCGAAGCAUUGGGGCUCCAUCUACGGAAAUAGCUGUUUCAGAAUUAACCCAUGCAUCUGCUGAAGUCAGUGAAAUUGUGUUCUUCCUACUUGGUGCAAUGACAAUAGUGGAGAUUAUUGAUGCACAUCAAGGCUUUAAACUAGUUACUGACAAUAUUACUACUCGGAAACCUCGCAUUCUCCUUUGGGUGGUUGGUCUUGUGACUUUCUUCCUGAGUUCAGUUCUUGAUAAUCUGACAUCAACAAUUGUUAUGGUUUCCUUAUUAAGGAAGCUAGUUCCGCCAUCAGAAUACAGGAACCUGGAGGCUGCUGGAGUCCUAAGGGAGUUGGCUAAUUACCUUGAUGCGCAUAUCCCAAGUGUUGAAUUGAUUGCAAGUGCAAUCGGUGUAGUCUCAGCAAUCAUAGACAAUGUGCCACUUGUAGCAGCAACAAUGGGAAUGUAUAACCUUACCUCUUUUCCGCAAGACUCUGAGUUCUGGCAGCUGGUUGCUUUUUGUGCUGGAACUGGAGGCUCCAUGCUUAUCAUAGGGUCUGCUUCUGGGGUUGCAUUUAUGGGAAUGGAGAAAGUGGAUUUCUUUUGGUAUCUUCGCAAGGUUAGUGGAUUUGCUUUUGCUGGUUAUACUGCUGGAAUUGUUGCAUACGUGGUGGUCCAUAACUUGCCGUUCUCUCUACCAACUUCUUUGGCUGAGCUUCCAUUUCUUUCGGGACCUUAGCUCUUGGACACGGAGAAGUUGAUUUUGGACAUGCAGGAUAGUUCAGGCCCCUACUUUUAGUUUGUAUUCAGCUCCAAUUUUCAAUCUGAACUUUAGUUUUCUAAAUUACUAUUAGCAAUGGCGAGAGAUCUUCUUCUUGUAGUUUUGGCCAAACAGAAUAAUCGCGAGAGGACAUGUGGUGUAUGAAUACAAGAUUAUGGCGCAUCCGAGCAUGGAAUAAGAAAUGGUGGCACAUCUGGAGUAUAACAAAAUGUAGAGAAUGUGAAUCCGUGAUGAAAAUUCCAUUGAGAACCUCCACACUACCAUGAUCAUGUGAGCUUUGCUCGAAAUACCUGUCAUGAGCAAUUUAUGAUCAUAAACACAUGUGAAACUCUUCAUACAGCAACCAUUUCUUCUUUACUUAUAGUCGAACAUUCAUUCAAAUGUGCA